UCGCUCGUGGAUGGGGCUGUGAGACCCACCCAACCCUAAAAUUCGCCAACGGUCGGAGGGAUGGAUGUUUGUUUCGCUGGACGUCGCACCGCAGCCUCGAGGUCUCCUCCGUCCAUUGCCUGACAGACAAUCUCCAUACCCCUGGCUACUUGUCAAGGUCAUUAGCCGCUAAGACAUUAGGGAGUUGUUGGCUCACCAGCCUGAAGUGAUGCUAGAAUGGCUUUAGUUGCAUCGAGCGUGCGAGCCGCGGCCAUUGACGCGUGCGUGGCGUCGUCCAGCGCGUUGCUUCACUCGUCGUCGUCGUACGGAUCGGUCGCCUCUCUCUCCUCGACGUUGAUCCGCCUAGCGUCGUCUCGCCUCUCCCCAGCCAGGCCCUUCUCUCCCACCCAUUCACCGCUCCCAUCCGCCGCGUCGUCCGUCGCCUCCGUCUUUUCCGGUAGGAAGCUCAUAGCUCCAUGCAUAGCGCCAUGCAUACGGCCCAUGGUGCGCCGCGAUCGGCGGCGGUUGGCAGCGGUGUCGGCUGUGGGGGGCGCGGAGGGCGGAGGCGGGGAGGCGUUGGGGGUGGCGGGCGAGGCGUACGGGCACAUGGCGGAGGCGCUGCUCAACGGGCUGCCCCCCGAGGUGGAGCAGGCGGUGGUGGCGGUGCACCGCGAGAUCGCGCAGCUCGCUGCUGAGGCGGGCCUCGCCAUCCCGCUCGACGACCCGGCGUCGCUGCGCCAGUGGACGGUGGCGCUGGUGCUGCUCGUGCUGUACGCCGCCGCGCCCCCCGCGCCGCUCAUGGGGCUGCUCGACUUCCUCGUCGCGCCGCUGCACGCCCGCGCCGAAAAGGAGCUGGACCCUGGGCGCGUGAAGGUGGGGCGGCAGAUAGGCGAGGGCAGCUUCGGCGUGGUGUACGAGGGCUUCAUCUCCAACGGCAAGGCGGGCAGGGAGGGGCGGUGGGAGAGGCACGUGGUGCUGAAGCGGGUGAAGGCGCGGGUGAAGCACUCGGACGAGAUGAGGGACGUCGAGCUCUUCAUGAACCACCGCCUGCAGCGCACGGCGCCCGGCGUGUGUGCGCGGUUCGUGGGCAGCAUGCAGGUGACGGCGGAGCAGGCCAGCGGCAAGCUGGAGGAGGGCGUGUGGCUGGUGUGGGAGUACCAGGGCGACCGCACGCUGGACGUGUUCCUGCGCCACCAGCACUACCCGCUCAACCUCGCCAAGCACGUGCUCGGGGUCGACGACGCCCUGUUGCGCGGCAUGAAGGGCAGCGGCGAGGAGGAGAGGGAGCAGCAGAUGUGGCUGGAAUGGGAGGUGGCGCAGGAGGUGAUGAGGCAGAUACUGGGCGACCUCAAACAGCUCCACUCCUGCGGCGUGGUGCACCGCGACGUGAAGCCAUCGAACCUGAUCCUGGACGAGCUGGCGGGCAGCCUGUGCCUCAUCGACCUGGGCGCGUGCGUCGACCUGCGCUCCGGCCACAACUACGUGCCCAACGAGACAGUGAUGGACCCCAAGUACUGCGCUCCCGAGCGCUUCGUGAUGCCGCCCUCCUCCACGCCGCCCCUGCCGCCCGACCCCCUGGCGUCGCUGCUCUCGCCCUUCCUCUGGGCGCUCAACACCCCCGACCGCUUCGACGUGUACUCCGCUGGCAUAGUGCUGAUGCAGCUGUGUGUCAAGCGCCUGCGCAAAGCAUCUGCUCUGAAGGACUUCAACGACGAGUUGCGGCGGUGCGACCACGACCUGGCCAAGUGGCGCCUCAAGUUCAGCCCCAGUGACGAGGACAUGGCCGUGCUGGACGCCAACGGCGGAGCAGCGUGGGAGUUGGCGCAGCAGCUGCUGCAGAAGCGCCCCAACCACGAGGGGGCGGUGUGGCCCAGCGCCUUUGGCGGGCGCCCGUCAGCAGCCCAGGCCCUGCGCCACGCCUUCUUCUCUCUGCGCGCGCCCGAGCCCUUCCGCGCGUCUCGCCUGGCGGCCGCCACGCAAGCCGCCCUUGCCGGCACGCAGUACGCGACGCUGGGGCGAGGGGGCGGCGCCAUGGCGCAGGCCAAGGCUAGAGCCGCGCAGGAGAAGGCUCGUGGGGCGGGGCGGGUGGAGGGGAAGGGCAAGGGGAAAGAGAAGGAGAAGGAGAAGGGGAAGGAGAAGGGGGAGAAGAGCAAGGGGCGGAAGGAGGAGGGGGAGAAGGGUGGGAGUGUUGGGGGUGGGGGAUGGGAGGGGGAGGGCGUUGAUGGGCUGGUGAUGGCGUGGGGUGGCAAGGCCAAGGGGUGGGUGCAGGGCGCUGCAGGGGCGAAAGGGGUGGUGGGGAGUGCGGGGGAUGCAGGGAGCGAGGGCAGGCAGGCAGGCGGGAAGAAGCAAGCGGGGAAGGGGGCGGAGGGGUCAGGGGAGGAGAGGGCGGAGGAGGGGGUGGUGUUUGCGCUGCAGCAGUUGUGGGCGGCGAGCAAUGGGGGGGGCGUGGGGAAUGGCAGUGAGGGGAAGGUGAAGGGGAAGGAGCAUGUGGCAGGGCAGGGUGGCAGUGGGAAGGGCGAGAGGAGGGCGCGCAAGGCAGAGAGGGAGGAGGGGGUGAAGGGGGCCGGGCGCGCGGUGGCAGCAAGCAAGGGGGAGGCGCAGGGGCAGGUGGGCGCAGGGGGAUCAGGGGGAACUGGGCAGGGGGCGGAGGUGGUGCUGGAGGCGCUGAGGCGGGUGCUGGGGGAGGGGGUGGGGGCGGAGGAGGGAAAGGGGGAGCAGGGGGUGGUGGAGGGGCCUGCAGUGCGGCGGGGGGAGGGGGGCGUGCAGGGCAUGGUGAGCGAGGGCAGGCGUGUGGUCAGGGAUGCGUUUACCGGUGCUGUGGUGGCCCAUGCUGGUGUGUACAGUGGGGGGGCGGAGGGCAGGGAGGGGAGCAAGGGCUCUGGGUCGGACAAGGAGGGGGGAUCUGGCAGGGAGGGGGGGUCGGGGAAGGACAAGGGGUCGGGUAAGGAUAGGAGCGGGUCAGGCAGGGAUAAGGCGGCUUCGGGCAAGAGCAAGGAGAGAGGGGAUGGAGGGGAGGGGGGUGGGAGCAAGGGCAGUGGCAGGGGGGUGGCAGAGGAGGCAGCAGGGAAGGGGAGGAGGAAGAAGGGGGAGGGCAAGGAUGCGAGGAAGCGCGAGCUGGUGGGUGCUGUGGCGAGCAGCGGGGGCAGCAGCAGCGGUGUGGAGCUGCCGUUCGACCUCAACCGCUCCAAGGUGACCGCCGCCUAUGUGCUGGGGUCCGCUGCUGCCUCUCUGGCCCGCUUCCUUGUGCCGGUGCAGCCCUCCUCCGCCGCCUCCCCUGCUGCCAGCGCACGUGCUGCACAGAUAGUGCCUGCAGCAGCAGCAGCAGCAGCAGCAGCAGCAGCAGCGUCGAAGGGGAGAGCAGUAGCAGGUGCAUCAGAUGCAGCAGUGCCGGCAGCAGCUGCAGCGGUGGUGGCAGAGGUGGUUGCAGCCCAGCAGCAGAGGGGGCAGGUGGGAGCACGGGGAGGAGAGCAAAAGGCUGCAGGAGGUGUGAGGCAGGUGAAGGCGGACCCUGGGAAAGCAGAGGGGGGAGGGGCAGCAGUGGGAGGGGCUCUGGCACAGGCGGUGCUGCAGUGGGUGAAGCGAGGGGCAGGGGGUGCGGGCGGUGGUGACAAGGGAGCAGCAGCACCGGGUGAUGGGCGGAGGGCGAAUGGCAAGGCAAAGGGCAGUCCGGGAGGGGAGGGCGGGGAGAGGAGAGGGGCGAAGCGAGGGAACGCGAGGGAGGGUGGAGAGGGCGGGUGGGGAGGGGUGUCGGGAGUGCGGGUGAGGUGGGGGCUGCUGGGGAUGGCAGCCAAGGGUGUGGAGAGAGGCAUGGAGCGGGCGAGGGUGGGGCCAAGAGGGGGCGUGGGGGGCAUGGGGGUGAAUGGCCGGAUGGCGGGGGUGCGCGUGAAGCCCACUGCCACCGCUGACGUGGCGGAGCCCGUGACAGACACUGGCAUCAUCACUGACAUCACCCUCGACCCGCAGGCCAUUGCUGACGUCAGCCUGCUGCUGGCUCUGUGCAGUCAGGGAGAGGAGGAGGGGAGAGAGAGUGGGGGCGAGAGUGGAAGCGAGGAGGGGAGUGGGAAGAAGAGCACUGUAGGAGUGCAGGAGAUGCCCCGCAGCAGCAGCAGUGCAGGUGCAGCAGAGCAAGCUGCGUCUGCCUCAUCCGACACCUCUUCAGCACAAGUGCAAGCCACCAUCCCUGUAACCUCACCCCCAUCUGUGCCUGCACCCGCCCUUUCCUCUGCCUCCGCCCUCCUGGACCCCGAGGCUCACCCGCUGGCGUCUGCUCUGCUGGCUGAGGGUGGUGUGGGCGGUGGGGUGGAUAGAGGGUUGGAGCAGGCAGAGGUGCGCGUGGUGGGGGAUGACAGUGUGAGCGUGAGUGUGAGCGUGGGGGGCGUGGAGAGCACAGUGGUUCUGCGAGUGGACAGCAGUGGGGCGCUGGUGAUGGGAGUGGCGAGCGAGAGUGGGGGAGAGGCAGCAGCAGAGGCAGAGGGCGUGGAGGUCAGUGCAGGGCCAGCAGGCGGCAUGGGAGGGUCGUCACUGCCUGCUGCAGCAGCGCAGCCCCUCACCACGUCUCUCCCCCAGUUUGCGGUGCCGCUGUGGUGCUGGCUGGGAGGGCGUGAGCCGGCCAGGGAGGCGUUGGCGGAGGCAGCAGCGCAGCUGGCUUCGCUGCGAGGCAAGCUGCCCUCUGCCUCCCCGCCUGCACCACCCCCCGCCUCCACCUCUCGGCCCUCUGCUCCCCCAUCACUGCCCUCCCCCCCGCCCUCUAUACUGGACCCCGUUGAGGGGUCAGCCUUGGGUGCUGGCGAUGGUGGGAUGGACAAGGAGCCACUGCCUGCUGACGCGUCUGAGUCGGCUGUGGUUGCUGCUGUGGCAGAGCCGCCAGUCAUGGAAGAGGAAUGGGAGGAGGCAAGGCAAGUGAUGGGAGUGGAAGGAGCGUUGUUAGAAACAGCUGGGGGAACAGUGAUAGUGCAACCGGCUGCAGCACUUACAGCGGGAGAGGCUGCAAGGGCAAGCUUUGAGAGCACAGUUGUGCACAAUGUGGAUGUUGAGGGGUGGCUGCAGCUGGGCCAACAAGGGAGCAGCAGCAGCAGCAGUGGAGUACUGCAAGGGCUGCAGGAGCAGCUGUCAGUGGGGCUGUCCCCUUUUGCCAGUGCCAUUCGGGCCAUCACAGGGGUGUCACUGUGGGGGCGGGGGCAGAGGGUGCAGGGCGGCGUGACAGAGGCGGAGGUAAGGGCGCAGCUGGAGGAGCUGAAGAGGAAGAGGGAGGCGCGCAGGGCAGAGGCAGAGGGGCUGAACGCCACCGUGGCGGGGCUCAACAGCCAGAUGAGCGACCUGCAGGCCAUACUGCACGGCAACCAGCAAGCCGUCACGGAGCAGAAGAGAAUACUCACGCGGAUGGAAGCAUUGUUGCUGGAGGCGCAAGUCAUGCAGGCACAGUACCUAUCAUCUACUGAAACAGACCAAUCAUAGUGGCCUUGUAAAUCAUUGCUAUUGCAUAAGAAUUGGUCUUGUUUAGUUGUGAUACAUCAUAUGUGCCAUAGAAUUAAAGUAAUUUACUAAGA